CCCAAUAGUCCCACGCUGUCCACCAAUAUUCGCAGCCCAACAAUCCUCAUUUUUACAUGGCAAACUUCCCAGUUUCCGCAACUUCAACAACCGCCCGAGCUGCCUCUAGUGGCUCUCUUCAUCCUUAGUCUGCGUUUUCCUAUUACAAUGCGCGCCCUUCUCUCUCUCAGAUCACUUCAAUCCUCUCCUCCACCAUGCCUCACCUCCAACUUCCACUUCUCUUCUCCUUCUUGCACUUCUUUUCUUUAUAGUUUCAGACCCAACAGGCGUUUUCACUUCCUCAGUCCUUGUUCUUCUCUUAAACAGACCAAGAAACAACAGACUCUUCAAAAGACCAAUGCUCCUCAGAGUUUGAGGUGGUUCUUGAAUCCUAAAGGUGGUGGUGGUGGUGGUGGUGCUGAUGAUGACAAAGUUAAGGGUGAUGGUGAAACUGAAGGGGGAUUGCAAGGGGACACUGCUGUUAAAGGUACCCUUUUGGCUGGGGUAUUGCUUGUGGGUGUUGUUGGUGGGUUUGCCGCUGUUGGGUAUAUUUACAAGGAUCAGAUUAAUGCUUUCUUGAACCAGUUUUCUGGGUUCAUUGAAGGUUAUGGACCAGCUGGAUAUGCUUUAUUUGUAGCAGUUUAUGCAGGACUGGAAAUCCUUGCAAUUCCAGCAAUUCCAUUAACCAUGUCAGCAGGUCUUCUUUUUGGCUCUCUUAUUGGUACCAUUAUCGUCUCUAUAAGCGGAACAGUUGCUGCUAGUGUGGCCUUUCUGAUAGCUAGAUAUUUUGCUCGUGAACGGAUUCUUAAACUGGUUGAAGGAAAUAAAAAGUUUCUUGCCAUUGAUAAAGCAAUCGGUGAAAAUGGAUUCAGAGUUGUUACCCUUCUUCGUUUGAGCCCUUUGCUUCCAUUUUCCCUUGGGAAUUAUUUGUAUGGAUUGACAUCUGUUAAGUUUGUCCCAUAUGUUCUGGGAAGUUGGUUGGGAAUGCUUCCAGGAACAUGGGCAUAUGUGAGUGCUGGCGCAUUUGGCCGUGCAAUUAUUCAAGAAGAAUCUGAUAUUGGAUUAACUGGAGGGAACAAUUCACUGUUGACUCUUGGGCUGGGUUUAUUGGCGACAGCUUUAGCCGCGGCGUAUGUAACAAGGCUUGCAAAGGAUGCGGUGAAAGAUAUUGAGUAGAAGCAAGAAGAUUGGGUUUAACAAGGCAAGUUAAUGACAAGAUGACUGAAAUUGUAAGUUUACGAGGAUCAUCAUGUAAAUCCAUUUGUAUUAUUUGAUCCAAUUAUAGGAAAAUGCCUCAUCCAUCUUUUUUUCCUCCACUCCCUGUAAAUUAGGGAUUCUUUAGAUUUGCUAUAUAGCUAAAUAAGCAUUAUAGCAAAAUGAGCACAAUUCUAGUUUUAUAUAUUUAUUUUUUGAAAAAAAAAAAAAAAUCUACUUAUUUUAUCAGUAUUCUUCUUUUGA